CCAGUACCAAUUCUUGAAAUGGCCUGACCAUGGUGCACCGGCAACCACUUCAGAUUUAUUGCGAAUGCAUAGGGCAGUGAUGAAGAGUUAUGAAGAAAUCGGAAGAGGAUCCCCGAUAGUGGUGCAUUGCAGCGCCGGUGCAGGUCGAACAGGGACGUUGAUUGGUUUUGAUAUUCUGCUUGAUGAAAGCAAGUUUGCAGGAUCUGUUGACGCCUUUGCUUGCGUUCUCAACAUGAGAAAACAGAGAGUGGAAAUGGUGCAGAAUUCGGAUCAAUACGUUCUCGUUCACAAGCUCGUUCUAGAAGUCCUAUUGCUUGAAGACAGAGAUUUAUCUUCUGAUGAAGCAAAAGCUAAAUUGGAAAAGAUAAAAACGCAUGUGGGCGAAGCUUCAUUAAAGAAAGAAUUUGAAGAUUUAAAUCGAAUUGGACCAAUGAAAGACACAAAAUUGCUCGGGCUCGAUGGAAACAACAAGAAGAUGAACAGAUCAAAGAAAUCUAUUCCAUAUGACUACACACUGGUAAACAUAUUCAAACAAAGAGGCGAAGAUGAGAAACCCUAUAUCAAUGCUUCGUGGGUAGAGAGCUAUGAUGAAUCAAGUCCAAUGAUCGCAUCUCAAGGUUCAACUUCAUCAAACAUUGAUUUAUUCUGGAGAUCGGUUUUAGAUAACAACGUCAAUACAAUCGUUAUGUUGACCAAACUCAAAGAAGAAAAAGAGGAACAAUGUGCUCAGUACUGGCCUACUAAUGUUGGUGAAGUUAUGAAAUGGAAUAACUUAUCUGUGAUCAGAGUCAGUGAUGAAACGGAAGGUUCGAUAACGGAGAGAAAGCUUCGAGUGGACAGAGGGCCUCAAUCGAAAACCGUGACUCAAUUUCAUUACACCGGAUGGAAAUCAACAAGUUGUCCUGAAGAUGGAAGAAAAAUAAUUGACCUUGUUAAUAAGAUGCAGAAAAACAUUCGAUCAACUGGAAAUGGAGUCACUCUUAUACACUGCAGUGACGGUAUCGGCAGGACCGGGGUCUUCUGUGCAGCGGUGAAUCUGAUAGAACGAUUGAAAUGUGAGAAUCGAGUUGAUGUUUUCAGAACUGUAAAAGAUCUCAGAGAUGGGAGACCAAACAUGGUGGAAAAUUUGGAUCAAUACAAGUUCUGCUAUCAAGCUAUUGUGGAAUAUCUGAAAUCAUUCGAUCUUUAUUCCAACUUUUAAAUUUUUGUUACGACAUGAAACUUGAUUUCCUUAUUUUAUGGUAAAUUUUAUCGUUCAUUACAGAUAUAAUUGGCAAUUUUUAUAAUUAUUUAAAAUUGUUCAAGUUUUUCCACCUUUUUUCCUGCUUCCUGAUUAUAA